AUGCGUCUGCUCCACGGCCUCACCUCUCUCCUUGCGGGAGCUGGUCUUGCAAAGGCCACGCUCCAGAUCAUUCCCGGCGGCACUUGGACUGCGACAAACACCGGCCGGCACAUUCAAGCCCACGGCGCUGGCAUCACCAAGGUCGGCUCGACUUACUACAUGAUUGGCGAGGACAAGACCGAAGGCUCGGCGUUCCAGAACGUAAACUGCUACUCCUCGACCAACCUCGUCGAAUGGACCUACGUCGGGGCCCUGCUCUCGCGCACCGCCAGCGGCGACCUGGGCCCCAACCGCGUCGUCGAGCGGCCCAAGGUCAUCUACAACUCGUCAACGCGCAAGUAUGUCAUGUACCUGCACAUUGACAGCAGCAACUACGGCGAGGCGAAGGUCGGCGUGGCCACCUCGGACACCGUAUGCGGCAAGUACACGUACAUCAGCAGUUGGCGGCCUCUGGGGUUCGAGAGCCGCGACAUUGGCUUGUUCCAGGACGACAACGGAUCCGCGUAUCUGUUGACUGAGGAUCGGCCUAAUGGUCUGCGCAUCGACGCCCUCACCUCCGACUACCUCAAUGUCACAAGCAACGUCUACCUCUGGACCACCAACAUCGAGUCCCCCGCCAUUCUCAAGCGCAAUGGCUACUACUUCAUGUUUGGAAGCAAGCUCACCGGCUGGAACCCCAACGACAAUGUCUACAGUUACGCCACGUCCCUCUCGGGCCCCUGGUCUUCGUGGGCAACUUUCGCCCCUGUAGGCUCCAACACCUUCACCAGCCAGACGUCCUACAUCUUGCCCGUCGGCGACAUGGUCAUCUACAUGGGCGACCGCUGGGUCAGCACGAACCUGAUGCGCAGCACCUACAUCUGGCUGCCGCUGACCAUCUCCGGCACAACCAUCACCCUCGCGGACCGCGUCAACUGGACGCCAAACGUCGCCGCGGGAACCUGGGCAGUCGGACCUUCCGAGACCUCCUAUGAGGGCGAGUCGGCCACGCUAUCGGGCGGCGCGAAGAGCAUUUCCUGCACGGGAUGCAGCGGCAGUGCCGCGGCCGGAUAUGUUGGCGGCUCGGCCGGCGGUACGGUUCAGUUCUCGAGCGUCAGCGCCCAGGCGACCGGUCGCACCACGGUGAGGAUCAAGCAUCUCAACGGCGACUCUAGUCAGCGAUGGGCGACGGUGACCUGCAACGGUGUCUCACAGACCAUUGCGUUUCUGCCGACUGCUGAUGGCAACACUCCUGGAAGCAGCUCCUUGUUCUGCAAUCUCAACUCGGGAUCGAGCAACACCAUCACCAUCGCUAGCACCGACUCAUCUUGGGUUGCGGACAUUGACCGAAUCUUUGUACCAGUCAACUAG